CUUCAGAGCGUAGUAGUUGUCAAAGUCUGUUUUGUCUACAGUUUUAGUAUACAAAGUACUUCAGUUAUUAGUGGACAGUGAAUUAUUUGUAAAUAUUGUUCAAUAUAAAUAACUCUGAACACUGUGUUAAAAUAUUGAAUGUUAAGUUUUUAAGGCUUUUUUGUGUUUGUUGUAUCAAGUUAUUCAAGAAAGCGACUAUAGUUACUGAAAAGGUUAAUUAAUUCGUAAUGGUGAUGGAAGCAGAUCCGAUAGCCGAAAAACGAAAUGACGAGAGAGUGCACAGUGCGCCUUUGAAGGCAAGGGCGGGCGGUGACGUCAUGGGAGAGCGUUCAGUCGAUACUUUGGACAUGGCCUUCACGGGACCUUCAAAUUUAGUGCUCACACCAGCCCCGGAAUGUCGGAAACUGUCCCGUGGCAUUUCCCGGGCCACAGAUAACGAAGGCCUGGUGUGGGCGUUACGUAACAACACAGACCCGGAGCCAAGCACGCUAAGCUCCGAUCACAUACUGCUCCUACCGGAUAUAACGGUUUACCCGCCGGAUUUCAGAACAUUCUUGGAGAAGGACUUACUAGAGACAGCCACUUUGGUCACAUUAGAGACGGCAAAUAUAUUGAACUGGUGGUGCCACGGCCGGGUGCCGGGUGCUCCUCGACUGCUGCCACUAGCGACGUCAGGAGACGGGAACUGCUUACCUCAUGCGGCGUCAUUAGCGGCCUACGGCUUCCACGACAGAUUGCUCGCUUUGAGGACCAAAGUACAGGCUCUACUGUCCGGGGAAUACGGCGAAACUAUAACGAACGCGAUCCGGCGUCGCUGGCGCUGGUCUGAGAGCGCGUCGCUGUGCGCGGCGGGGCUGGUCCCGUCGGAGGGCGAGUGGGCGCGCGAGUGGCGCGAGGCGGUGGCGGCGGCGGCCCCCACCCCCCGCGCCCCGCACCCGCAGCACGCGCCGCACUACACCGGGCUGGACGCGCUGCACGUGCUCGCGCUCGCGCACGUCAUGCGGCGCCCGGUGCUCGUGUUCGCCGACGUCGCUCUCAGGGAUUACCACGGUGACCCGAUAGCGCCGAUCCCGUUCGGGGGCGUCUAUCUGCCGUUGGAACUGGACCCGGCGCAGUGCAGCCGCGCGCCCGUGCUGCUGGCCUACGACGCGGGACACUUCUCCGCGCUGGUCCCCUGCGAGCCCCUGCCCGCCGCCGGGGCCCGAGUGCCGCUCGAAGACAGCGCUGGCAACCCUAUGCCGAUCAGGUUCAGUGUAGAUCCAGGCGAAGACUUCCGCUGGGACGUGGAGCACGAUCAAAAAGUUAUCAACAACCUCCUCCCGGAUGAAUACGAGAGAUCCGCCAUGCUGGCUGCUUAUUUAGACCUCGAGAGGGUUGAAUGCGUAACGCAGAAUCAACCCCCCGAAGAGCUAAGACGAUCGCUGGACGCACUGUCGACUAAAAGCUCGAAACAAUUAAAUUCUGUCGCCAAACAGUUUGGCAGCAUCGGCAGGUCUAUGAGCAGUAAGAUAAAGAAGAAUUUCGGGUCCAUGGCCAAACUGACUGGCAAGAGCAGCGGCAGUCAAAGUAAUCCUGAAGAGAGCUUGGUGCGGAGGCAGUCGACGUGCGAGGUGCUCUGUUGCAGGGUGCUAGCCGCAAGAGCACCUGUGCAAGAAGAAAUGGUCAAAAACUAUCUCAACGAAGCAUGGACGGGGUACACCGCGGAAAAGAACCGCAAGGAAGCGUCGCCCUGCGAGCCCGGGCAGCCGCGGUACGGCACCGGCAAGUCGCAGUUCUACGCGGAGGCGGACCGCGCGGCGCACGAGCUGGCCCGCAGCCACGCCGCGCGCUCGGGCCGCCCCGCCGCCGACCGCACGCUCUACCUGUCCCGGUCAACGUUCUACGUCGACCGCCCGCCCUCCCCGCGCCCCUGCCGCGCGCCCCUCUGCGCCUACUACGGCAGCCCCGCCAACGACGACUACUGCUCGAGGUGUGCGAAACUGCAGUGAGCGCUUCCGAACUUCUACACUAUCUUAUUAUUAUUAGUCGAUUAAGAGUCAAGCCGCUUUCAGACUACGCUAUACUAUAGUGCCAUAUAGUAUAGCAGCGUAUACUUAGCCAAUAAUAUAUAUAGAUGAUGACCCAGCUUUGCUCGGUUUUUUUUUUAUAACGCCAUCUUGUGUCUUUAAAACGAUUAGUUGCCCUCAAUUAAGAAAAAUAGUAUUAUUAUUCGCCAAUAGAUGUCGGGAAGAGUUGAUUAUUGAAAACACGAAUAAAACAACAUUUUCUGAAAAUAAAUCGUAGCUAGAUCGAUUUAUCGCCCCUGAAAUUCCCUGUAUACUAAAUUUUAUGAAUAUCGUUGGAGUCGUUUCCGAGAUUCAAAUUAUAUAUAUACAAGAAUUACUCGUUUAAAGGUAUAAGAUAAGAUAUAAAAUACAGUACAGACGUGUCCAUAACAAUGUAUGGUAUGCGAUAUUGCUGUGCUAUGAGCUAUAUACUAUAAUAUGCUAUUAUAUUUUAGCGUAGUCUGAAAGCGGCUUAAUAUACUUAGUAUUUAGUAUAUAUAUAUGUAAUUAGUCUAUUAAUAAUUAAUUAAAAUUUGAGCGCGUUUGAAUUUUUUUUUUCGAUGCUGGCAACAUUGUUUGCGUUGAGCGUAAGUUGGUUACACUCAAAUUUUAUGAUCUGUUCCGAUCUUUACUAUAGAUCUGUUUGCCAGCACGUUUGUUAUACUUAUCGUUAUUCAUUUAAUUAAACUUUGGUUAAUUUAUGUCACUAAUAAAUAUCAUAAGUAUUUAGAUUGUUAUUUAGUCGUAGCGUGUCACGGUUUGUGUUUUAACCCACCAUUAACUUAACGUUUAUAAAACUGCAGAUGUGAUCUGUGCGAACCGCGUACUUUACCUACUGAGCUUGUCCCUUUUGUCUUUGAAGGAACUUAAAAAGUGUGAAAGAAAAAAAAACGAAAGACUUUUGAUUGUAAAAAAAUCGAUGUGUUCAAAAUAUGAAGUGCCAGGUGUAUGUGGGGGCGUAAAUUUUGGACAAUUCCAAACGAGUUACAGAGCUAUGAUUGUAUACAUAUAGUGUAUGUAUUUAUGUAUAUAAAAAGUAUUAAGUCGUAAUAUAUCAUUGGAUACCUUACGUCAGGGUUUUGAUAAUAAAUCAUUGAAUGAUAAAAGAACGCUUUAGUUUUGUGAAGUUAUUUCAAAUAAAAUUAUGAAAGGCACGUUGGUAAGCGCUUUUAAAAGAACCAAAAUAUUUUAUAGUUUCUCCCGACUACCCCCACAAUGGAAGAAUUUGUUAAACAUUCAUUAUAUAUAUAUAUAUAUAAUUAAAUUAAUUGGUGUCAGGGUAUGAAUACACUAACAUCAGUAAUAUAAAUUUUCGUAAAUCCUCAUAUCUAUUAUAUUGAAAUUAUAUUAAAAACGAGCUUAGAAGUUUUCGUCCUUGUUUUGCUUAAAAUUUAUGAAAAGAUUAAUGUUUUUAUUAUUCUAGUCCUAAUAUUGUAAUAAUCUAUAAUAGUUACUUAAACGAAAUCAAUGCAACAUUGAGAAUAUGGUACUCUAUUAAAAUUAUAACAGAACAGUUGUUUAUUAAAGUUAAACUAAUUUAUUAUAAAAAAAAGAAGAAUUAUUCCAAUAUUACAUGUAAUCUCAUUGUUCACCAUAGCUAGUAUCAGACUAAGCAAGUACGAAUGUAUUUUUAGAUAUUCUACAUACUGUUGGUAGUUAGAACUAAAUUAACUUACAAUUUCUCAUGAGUCAUUGCCACAAUUAAAUAUCUCACGUUUGUGUUAUUCAAAAUUCAUUAUUAAAUACAACCAGAAUGUCGCAAUGUCGUAAAUUUUUUCAAUAAUCUAUUGUAUUAUGACGUAAAAUAACUGUCUACAUCGUCUACAUCUAACUGUCUACAUAUAGGUAUAAAUCGGCGUCCUAUAUUCAAUUUCAGUUUAGUCGCUCAUGAUAUUUUGUUUACCUUAUGUUUUUCAGAACAGUUACUUAUUUCUCAAUGUUGCCUAAGAUUUAGUAUUUUAGUUUUUUUUUCUUAAAUUAACCUAGAUUUAGGUAAGUUGUUUAACUUUAGACCAGAUAUCUCUAGUAAUUGAUAUUUGUCUUCUAAAUAAUCGGUCUUGAAAAUAAAUAAAAGGUUAGUGUGAAGAUUGAGAAAUAUCACUGCACCGUUGAAUCUGUUGCGGUCCAAUGAAUAUUUUGUAAACUUGAAGCCUUUUAUGUUAUUACAUUAAAAUUAUAUAAUUGUCUCCUCACACUUGCGUUCGUUUUCGCCAGGUUGAAUGGGGAUUAAUAAAUCACAGAGAACAGAAGAAUAUAUUAUCUUAAUUAAAAUUAAAAUUAACAAAAGGCUAUGUUCUUAUGGUGAUACUACUCAUAGCUUGCUGCCACUCAUAUUCAGUACAAAAUUUGUACGUUUGAAAACAGUUAAUUAAUUUUUGGAAUUUAAUGAAUAUUUUUUGUAAACUGACAAACUAUGAUAACACAAAAUUGUUCCAAAUAAAUUAAACCAAAUUUUAACUGGCAUAAAGUUGAUUUUGUAUGGACGAACACAAGUAAUACUUCUUUUUCUCCUACCUACGCCGAAAGUUCGGUUUUCCUCCCGCUGUACAGGGAAGAAAGUGUAACUUUUCCUCCCUGGGUACUGACAAGUGCGCAUGCGCGUUAGUGUCUACGUCUGCUCUCACGCACCUAAAAUUCUCCGCCAUUGUUGUGCUCGGGUAAUUUGCAAUAUUGUGUUUAGUGUAAAAGUGAAAUAAACAAAAGGCAAUAAAAUUUAAUAGUGAAGUAUUAAAUUUUAUUGCAUUAAACAAAGAUGAGUUCAUCAGACAGUUCUUAUUCAAUUAGUAGUAGUUUAUUUCAAAAUUAAAAAACAGUUAAAUUGAUUUUUUAUGAGGGCUCCGCCCCCCGUGCCCCCCGCCAGGGCUUCGCCCCUGGUCCCCGGCUCGGUACUCCACGAACUUUCGGCCUAGUAGGAGAAAAAUUAGUAUGUGCACCGCGGGAAAAAAGUAGGACAUCUCAUUCCGCGUGUUUGUAUGUUACACGCGGGAGGAAAUGUUCUACUUUUCUCCCUUGGUGCACAAUGUACUAUUUUGUAUAUUUUUUGUUCUUUAAUGUAGUAAAAUAUCUCUGCUUUAAAUAUACAUACAAUACUAUAUGUCACAAAAACUAUUAGCUUUCUUUACUGGUCAGUGGAAUAGAAUUAUUAUAAAUAACAUUCUUUGUUCUCAGCUAAAAUGAGCUAAAUGCUUAUACUAUACUAUACAUAUUUAUUCAAUAAUAGAUUCUAGUCCAAUAAACAACAUGAAUGUCGUAACCCACUGAUAUUGAGCUUGGAUAUUUUAAAGAGAAAUACUUGUCUAUUACCCAUGAGAGCUGAAAGUGAUCGAUAUUAUGUUAAAAAAUAUUCUUAUACUUAUUGUAAUCCUAGUAUACUUAGAUACGUACAUACCUAACAAAAUACCUGUUACUUAUAAAAUAAUUAUGCCAAAAGCAAAAAGUUAUUCAUGUUUCUAAUUUAAUUAGUGACAUGUAUAUAGAUUUUAAUGAUCUGUGAGAUAAUAUUUUUAUAAUUAAAAAAAUAUGCAUGACAAAAAUUUAUUUUUUCAGGAAAAAAUAUUGGUAGAUACCGCAUAUCAUGUUUUAUUUUAUAGAAAUACAAAUGAUUAAUAAUAAAA